AUGGGUUCUGGCCAAAGUACCGAUGACCAAGAUAUGUCUGGAGAGACUCAUGGAUACCAUGUGGUGCCCAACAGUCCUGCAUCAAAGGCUGGGUUGGAAAUAUUUUUUGAUUAUAUUACCCAUGUUAAUGGACUACGGCUUGAUCGAGAGCCUAUUGUUUUAGCAAGCCAACUUCGAAGUAACAUUGGAAAACCUGUCAAUUUGGUCGUGUAUAGUUCAAAGACAUUGGGUGCCAGAAAUGUGACAGUUGUUCCGGAAAAAAAUGAUUAUGGGAUCCUUGGAUGCAGUGUUCGAUUUUGCGAUUUUGGCGAUGUUCAUGACCACAUUUGGCAUAUUAUUGAAGUACAUGCCAACUCUCCUGCAGAAAUUGCUGGUCUUCGAGAAAAAUCAGAUUAUAUUAUUGGCACACCCAAUACAACUUUAGAAGAAAAGGACGAUUUUUACAAUCUAGUCAAAAAACAUGCCAACAUUCCACUGCAGCUCUAUGUUUAUAAUUCUGAUUCUGAUUCGAUACGAGAGGUAUUAAUUGUUCCCAAUAACGACUGGGAUGGCGAAGGAUUGCUUGGAUGUGAUGUUGGGUAUGGUCGUUUGCAUCGUAUCGCAGCAGAGAAUUUACACCAUACUACGGAUGAUCAUGAACAUGGGCAUCAUGAACAUGAACAUCAUGGACAUGAGCAUAAACACCAUAACCACCAUGGACAUGAGCAUGGACAUGAACAUCAUGACCACCAGGAGCAUAAACAUCAUGACCACCAGGAGCAUAAACAUCAUGACCACCAGGAGCAUAGUUCUUCAAAAGACUCGAAGCCGAAACAUGUAGAUUCAAACCAACAUGCAGAACACGAUCACUCCGAGAAUCACCACGAACAUGACCAUGCAGAUCCUUGUAUGCAUGAUGUGUGUGAUAGUCAUGAUCACAACAUGAUCACAGAUACCUCACUCAAGCAGGAUCAGCAGAGUCAAUCGCACGAAACAGCUGAAGAAUUCGACGAAAAAUCAAUCACCGAGCUGCAUCAUUUACUGCAAGCAGUUGAAUUACAGACGUAUCCAUGAAAAAUGAAACCCUAAAUAAGAGUAUCAGUGUAUAAUAAA